UCUACUAGCAUCGUAUAUGUCCGUGUCACUAAUUGCACCGCUUCUGUCAUUUGAAUUUCUUGGAGACAUAUGUAAUGUUGAUCAUCGCUGCUUGGUGGCGUUACCAAUACGCAUCCUGAAUCGCGGUUGUGCGUAGCUAUCUCAGUUGAUUUCAAGUUCUCUCCCGUAUCACCGUCGCAAACGGAACAGUCAGCUGUUGUGUCAAGUGAACAUCCUUAACCAACAAAUUGCAAGGAUAUUCGUGUAAUCCUGUGCGAUUCGGGUAUCCCACAAGAUAUCGCGGUGCCGUGUACAUCUCGGCGGGUCCAGCUGGCUAGAUUCAAUAGCGCGAUAAAGGAUGUUUAAAGAAAGUGAUAAUGGAUUGGGAGGUUGUAACGGCGGACCACCUCGUCCUCGGAGGAUAUUUCCCCGAUUUUCUCUGCGAAGAUUAUUAUAUUCCAGCCCGCUCAUUGGCCGACGUAUCACAAGAACGCCUAGCGCAAGUAAUAGAAAUACAAAAACUAAAGAUCAAUCAAGCGGCAGGAUAACGGACGUCGAAAAAGGAGAGGCUAGAGUAAGCAAUGGUUCAAGUCAUUUCCAAUUUCACAAUAUAGAUCUACAACGUGCUUCCAGCAAAGGUUCUGUACUUUCAUCUGCAGGAAAGAGUAAUGAGAAUGGGCUAAUGGAAUGUCCAUUAUGCUUGACUGAGCUACCAAUAGAAUUCUUUCCUGUUAUCCAAUCUUGCCAUCAUCGCAGCUGCUACGAUUGUUUUCAACAAUAUCUGAAAGUAGAAAUCUCUGAGUCCAGAGUCAAUAUUGCUUGCCCUGAGUGUUCAGAACUGCUACAUCCAAAUGAUAUUCGGAUGAUCUUGAAUGAUCAAACACAAUUAGAGAAGUACGAAGAUUUUAUGGUUCGAAGAGUCCUUGCCGUAGAACCUGAUGCAAGAUGGUGUCCUGCUCCAGAUUGCAGUUUCGCUGUAAUCGCCAGUGGUUGCGCUUCGUGUCCAAAAUUGCGUUGUGAGCGACCUGGUUGUGAUUCAUACUUUUGCUAUCAUUGUAAAGCACGCUGGCAUCCUAAUCAAACGUGCGAUGCUGCGAGAGCGCAACGUUCUCAAUAUUACGAGCGUAGCUCUUCUUUAAGUUUCAGUCAAAGUGAUUCACAACAUAGAGAUGAUAUAAAACCGUGUCCGAGAUGUCAAGUUCUCAUUGUCAAGAUGGACGAUGGAAGUUGUAAUCACAUGACGUGUGCAGUUUGUGGCGCGGAAUUUUGUUGGCUUUGCAUGAAAGAAAUAAGCGAUCUUCAUUAUCUUAGUCCUUCUGGCUGCACUUUUUGGGGUAAAAAACCGUGGUCUAGAAAAAAAAAGAUCCUUUGGCAACUUGGAACUUUGGUAGGAGCACCAAUCGGAAUUGGUCUCGUAGCUGGUAUAGCAUUUCCGGCCAUGAUCAUAGGUAUACCAGUAUGGGUGGGACAAAAAUUAUAUACGAGAUACGAGAAGGCUAACAAGCACAAAAGAAAUGCUUUUAUUGCUGGGGGAGUUACUGCAUCGGUUUUAGUAUCACCAAUAUUGGCAGGAUUAGCUGUGGGUAUCGGUGUACCCAUUUUAUUGUUUUACGUCUAUGGAGUGGUUCCAGUAUCGCUCUGCCGAAGCGGAGGCUGCGGUGUCUCCACGAGUGGUACCGGAGUACGUUUCGAUUUUGACGAUGAAAACGAGUUGAUGGGGGCUUUAGGUGUCCGCAACGGUGGAGAUGCGGCAUCGAUAGACGUUGCGAGUCAUCGCGGCGGCAAUCCUUCAAUAGGGGAAGCCUCGCUUUCAUUGGGUAGCGGCAGUCAGUUGGAGAAACUGGGUCGAGAAAAUGAUCGCGAAAGUGCUAGCAAUGUAGCCCUCGCAGGCACUAGUCUUGCAGGAAGUAUAGCUUCUAGCGUACUUCCUGGAGGUCAAAGAUUGGAGGUCCAGGCUGACGUCACGUCUACGCAACGCUUCAGUUCAUGUAGCGAGACCGCUUCCGCAGCUACUAGUUUAUCAGAAAAAUCCGUAAACGCUUCCAUUGCUUUAGACGAUGGCGCAGCCUCCACAAGAGCCUUGGCUGGUUCAGUUCUUAACUUUAAGAUCGAUGGCAGUUCAAUCAGUGGUGGCAGAAGCACAGAAGGAGAACAGGCAGUUAGCUCUACUAACGGCGGUCACAUGGACUCUGCUGGACAAGCUACUUCUUUAAGCUCGUUAGAAGAAGUGGCACCUGGUUUAGCAAAACGCACUCGUCGUAAACUCACAUUUGAUCGUCAGUGCAGCGAUUCGAGUAACUGGACCAUGUGCGGGGAAGAUGGUGGUUCAGAACGAGUACGAUUCGAUGAUCACGUCAGUGUAAUAGAAGCGGAUCAAGAGAGAGUAGUAGGUGGCAAAUUGGAAAGUUGCGGAAUGAAUAAUCGUUCAAUGGGAGGCCGUAAGCGAAACAAAGAUGCAGAACCAGAAACGGAUUCUCAAAAGAUAUCCAAGAAUUUGAACGGUGAGUUAAACGUCGAGAGUCCUGUAGAAGACACUUCGCGGGAGCGCGUCAACGUGGCCACUUUAAGAAACGUAUUUUUUCAUACUUCAGCGGUAUCUACGGAUCGCGAGAAACGAUUAUCUGUUAUAGAGGAGCCGACAUCAACUGUAUCGCAAAUUUCCGGCAAUCGAAUAUUCACGCCUUAUGACGAAGGGCAAAGCCUUAAUAGUACAGACGAAAGCUUACAUUGCUAAAAAAUUUAAGACUGAGCCUGUGGGUGUCAUGAUAUACACAUAUUUCUCAAAACGUCACGACGUAUGUAUACGUGCGUAUAUACAUUGUUGAGUGUGUAUAUAUGUAUUAAAUUACAUAAUAUUGUAUAAGGCGCUGAAUGAACGCGAUAAUUGUACAUAACGACGUACACAAUAUGCAUAUACUUUGAAUAUUACGAGGGAAGAAAUAAAGUAGGGUAAAGUAAUUUUAGUGAUCGUGUGCAUUUGCGCUGUGAUUAUACAUAUACUAAAAAUUGUGAGCAUACUAUAUAUAUACGUAUUGGCCUCCAAUUCGUUAUAAACAAUGAAAAAAAAAGAUCAAAUAUACAAAAUUUUUUUCUCGCAAGUUAAUUUUAUAAAAUGAUGUUUUAUAAUAUGAUUUAGAUUUUCCGGACUAUUAAGAAUCAAACGCGAAUGAUAGUAAUAAUAGUAUAAGUUUCAAGAAAACUUAACUUUUCUGAAAUUAAAUGAUUGUGUUCAGGACACAAAUGUUAUUUGGUACGACACCAAGUUCUUAAAUUAAAUCUCUAAACUAAGAUCCAUUUUUAAUUCAUUUUAAAUAUCUCAUAACCUGCUAAAGAAGCAUAAGCUAGAAAAAUAUUGGGAGAAAUCGCUGAAUCAGGAAUUCGGAUACCAAGUAAAAUUUAUGCCCUGCACACAACCAUUUAGUUUCAAAAAAAUAAUUUUUCUUGAAAUUUGAACUAUUAUGUAUUGGCUCUUAAUAGCCCAGAAAAUUUAAAUUGUGUUUUUAAUUUGAGAGCCUUAUCAAUUCUUUAAUAUUUAUACUUUGAUAUUUUAUAAUUUAUGAAGAUAUUGUUACUAUGCAAUAGAAAAAAUAAUUAUAUUAUCUCUAUGCCUAGAAUAAUAUUAAUCUUAUUUAAUCUUAUUAAUCUUAUAUUAUUUAAUAAAUAUUAUCAAAAUCUGGUUUGUAACGAGCGGGCGGACGAUACAAGCUAGGGAAAAAAAAAUAUACAAAGAUGAAAGUUAAUGUCGCAGAUUAUCGCUGCAUUUUAUAAAUCGAAUUCUGCUCAUUAUGUCUUUAAGUAUUAGGCAUUCUUAUUUAAUCUAUCGGCCAAUAUACAUAUAAAAAUAUUUGAAUAUACAUAUUUCACAGAAAACCUGUCUGUCCUUGCUGUAUGAAAAUAUAUGUAAUAUGACAAAUA